AUGAUACCAAUGCGCCACGUGCUCUGUGUGUUGGUUCUCUCAUUCUGUUGUGUCUGCGGAUGUGUGGGAGCUGAUGCAGAAGGAGAGACUGAUGGAGUUGGCGGUGAUACUGUUUUACAGAUCCGGGAAAGUGGUACUCAUUCAGAAGAUAGGGAGGGAGCAGCAACUGAAGACUGUGAUGGACAGGAACCUGUGAAGGAAUCCUGCAAACAUAAUACGAAGACGCUGGGGCCUAACAAUGAGAGAAAAGAACGACAAGACACUGAUGACAGUAGAGUUGCACACACAAGAACAGAGGAAAAUGGUCACGGUACUACACAUUCGCUUGAAGGUUCUCCACAGAGCCAAUCCCAACCACAACCUCAUUCUCCUGAAUCUGCACAAGGUGUCCUUUGUUCCACUAAUUCUGCUGGUAAUACUGAUCCUAAUUGUCGUGUUCAAACGACAGCAGAAUCGUCUUCUCCAUCACCAUCUGAAAGACGUCCUGAAGGUGAACAGGAGCCUUCAGGUGCUGGUGCGAAAGGUAUUACCAAUAAAGAAGGUGCAGAUGGUGCUUCUCAGGCUUCUGGAGCUAAACCUGAUACAUCCGCUCCUGAGAGUGAUGGUGAAGUGUCUGUAAGUAAAGGUCAACCUGAAAGCAACAGCAACAGUGCAGAUGGAAAUGGCACCACAGAAACCUCUUCUCCAAACAGUUCAAACACAGGGAGUACCAGUAAUUCUGAUACUGCAAAUAAUGAUAAUGGAACUUCACCUGAUGGGAGUGAGUCAACAAGUAACCCAACUACUGCUGGAAAUACAGAUACAACGACGACGACGACGACCACCACAACAACACUUCCUCCUGAACUCACAAACAGCAAGAAGGGUGAUGCAGACAGCAGCAGCAGUAUCAGCAGUUCU